AUGAAGGACUUUAGGCCAAUUGCUUGCUGCUCCACCCUAUACAAGAUUAUUGCCAAAGUGAUAACAACUAGAAUAAAAGGGGUCAUUCAAGGUAUUGUAGGACACUCUCAGUCAGCAUUUAUUGAAGGAAGGAGCAUAGUUGAUAACAUACUAUUCAGCCAUGAGUUAUUCAAAGGUUAUACUAGAAAAGGCAUGUCAGCCAAAAAAUUUGUUAAUUGGGUUAUGGAGUGUGUGCAAACUGUCUCUUAUUCCCUUGUCAUUAAUGGGGGACUAGUACCACCUUUCAAGGGUCAAAGGGGCAUAAGGGCUGAUUUUCAAUCUAUUAAAUUACUGAAUAAAACCUUCAAGUUGUUCUCUGAUGCAUCUGGAUUGCAAGCAAAUGUAGAAAAAAGUUCACUCUAUGUAACUGGAGUAACACAAAGGCUAAAAACAGUGAUCUUGCAGACCUUGGGAUAUAUUGAGGGUACUUUCCCUUUCAGAUACUUAGGAGUACCACUUUCUACUAAGAAAUUGACUAUUAGCUAA